UCAUCUGGAAAAACCUUCCUUGCGUUAAAGGAAUAUUUCAAAUACCAAAGUAUUUUCUGCAGUGACUUUUUUUGUGAACUCAACUCUCUCCCGCCUCUAAAAAAAAUUGACUCCAUCUGGUCUCGGGAUCGGAAAGCUAAUCUCUAACCAUAGCAAAGAUGUUUAUUAAAAUUCAGAUCAUCAUCUUCGUGCUAGGGAGCAUGCCUUUCAUAGCACUUGCUGAAGAAGCAAGCUCAGUUCUAGAAGAAGAAAGUGCAACAAUUGAUUUCAGAGACAGAAAUGACACAGAGUUUGAAGAAUCACCAACCCUGCUGCCCACAAGUCUACACAGCGUAACAAAUCUCUUGGAGUUUGGAGAACUGAUGACCACAGAAAAUAUAGUUGUCUCAAGUGAAGAUGGUGAGAAUUCUACUGAUUAUGAAGCUACCACUGAAAGCGAAGGUGGUCGAGGUAAAGAACCAGAGGCAACUGAGAAAGGUGGUCUGGAAACAAUUGCACUUGCUGGAAUCAUCACUGGAAUCAUAGUAGCAGUUGGAAUACUUGCAGGAAUCAUAAUCGCUGUUGUAAGGAAAAUGUCAGGCAGGUACUCACCCUAAAAAUAGUUGAAACAAGCAAUCAUGCCAUUUUCUGCCAGUAAAUAAAAGCACCUCUUACUUUAUAAGCACUAGAGACUAUUCCUGUAUUUGUGUGAGAAGAUGAUCCAUGGAAAGCAUGGCUGAAGAACUCCACAUCUAUGGGGAUCCCACACAGCUCUCCAAAUGACUAUUUUCACAGACUUUACAAAUAUGGAACACUUCACAGGAUUUUACUAACCAGGAGUAUAUUAAAGGAAAUGAAAAUCAUGUAGUAGGAAAAAACCCACAGAAGCAAAGAGAGAUACAUCCAAAAUGUGAUUUGCAGGUAAUAUAUGCUAGCUGGAUUUUAAACACUGCAGGCAAAGACGAUUAUCUUAUACUGCCUUUUUAUCUAUUUCUCUAGAAAAGAAGCCACAUACCAACAUUUUUCUUUUAAGCUCACUGAGUAGUCAAGAUAGCCUACUGUAUCCUUCAGCAUUCUGAAGUGCUUGUGGCAUGUUCAUCUACCUUAUGUAUAGUUUAGCAGGAUAUGAAACUCUUACAGACAAGAAGGAAUUAGCUUCAGAGAGACUGAAGUAUAUUCACAUUUCAUAAACAAGUUAUAUAUCGGAACUCAAAUCUUUCCACUAUCAAUACUGAUUUUCUGCUUUUGAUGCUUGUAUGUCAAGGUGUGGUAGACCCAGCUGGAACUGACCUACCAACUAAAAGUUUGCUCCUCCGACUUAUGCUAAGGACAUCCCAUCUUCUCUUGUUGCAGAGAGGCACAGGGACUGAAAUACACAUCCUGAAUUAAAGGGUGCUUGGAAUAUACCCACUUUUGAUGGGUCACUUUAACCAGUUUCUUCUGAUGUGUAGAAGCUUUUGAAUUAACAUACACUUUUCUUUCCAAGUGUCUCAUUUUAAGUGCAGGGUAGACUUGCUCGAUCACAUAUUGUACAACACUAGAUCAGAGCACACUGAGGUAUCUGUUUUUGGACUCCAGUUUUUCAUUAUGGCAUACUGAAUGCAGCAGUACAUAAAGGUGCAGAGUUCAAAGAACAGGCUGUGCCAAGUGGCUGCAGCGUAUCAUGUUUUCCAAACCUUAAGGCACUCGUGUUUGGUACAAAAUUGCUAUAACCCACAUUGCCAGCAAGCAAUAAACAAGACUAUUUAGAUUUGCUCAUCUGUUUCUUCUGUGCCGUGG